ACGCCAUAUCAACCAAAACCCAUGGGUUGCAUUCCAAUAGAGGCGGUUUGUUUUUUCCAUGGAUUCGUCAACUGUGUGCUGUCAAUAUUCGGCAUAGUGACCCUCACGCUUGCGCGCAUAUUGUUGGAGCCCAGGGACAUAAUCGAGGGUCCGCAACUAUCUGACUCCAUGUUCCGGGAAGGAUUUGAGGGCCUUUCUCCGGACAUUGCCUACGCCUCCCAUGACUACGACGCCCUGCCUCUGACCCGCUACGGGCUUAUUCUUUAUGCCUUCUGCGUCGGCUCGUUCGUCUUCUCGCUACUUCUGUGCUAUGGGAUACACAAGCGAAGUCCAGCCUACCUGAAGGCGUACCUGGCGUACGGCGUUGUGACAACCACCCUCAUGAUGAUGACCGUCUUCUACCUUUACGCCUGGCUUACUGACCACAUUACUCACGGCAUCACGGUCAUGGGCAUCGUGUUUAGCAUGUACUUGCUAGUACUCCGCAUGGUUCAGCAGACGCACCAGCUAUUCUGUGCCGAGCAGCGCCAUCUUUUGCCUCAUCUUGAAGAUUUCAUGAAACAUUCGUAAUCGUAACCAAGGACGGUCAUCUGAUAGCUGACAGCUCAAAUAGUAUGAAAAUGUCCCGCGAAUUUUAUUUUCCCAAGACGUUGUCGUCUUUUGAGUCACUAUGUAUAAUAUUGUCCCCUGUAACCACAGUAACCAAUGGAACAGAAGUUGUUAAUUUCUAUUUAGGCUACAAGA